AUGGAUACCUCGGCGUGGUUCCAGCCAGAGAUCGGGCCCCGCCUGAAACCAAGCAUCGAGUUCGUCUUUCGCCAAUGGAGCGGGCUGACCGAUGAGGAAUUAACAUCCCAUCUACAUCAAAUCCGCGAUCAGGCAUGGCCACUAGGAAAAUACCCGUGCAUCGGUCUCUGGAUGUUCUUGCUGCCAGGAAUCGCAGCCUUUCCUCAAUUUCCCACCAUCCUUGAAACCGCUCAACGGCCUCAGGCAGCCAUUCUCGAUCUGGGAUGCGGACUCGGCCAAGACUUACGGUUACUGGCCGCCCAUGGCGUUCCCACGGAGCACAUGUGGGCACUGGACAUCGAGGCCCACCUGUGGGGACUGGGCUAUCAACUCUUUCGUGACGAGGGGCGCAUGAAGGCCACGUUCAUCAACGCCGACUUUCAGAAAGCAUGUGUUGGGGAGGAUGACCGUUUUUCUGCAUUGAGGGGCAAGGUGGACCUAGUGCUGGCAUCGCAGUUCCUGCAUCUGUUCGACUGGGACGGACAGAUAGCAGCGAGUAAGAAGAUCGUCGGCCUAUCUAAGCCAGGGACCAUAAUAGCGGGGUUCCAGCAGGGGCGGGAACAAGCACGGGCCUACAUUCGGCCCUGGGGAAUGAUGUUUUACCACAAUCGGGAAUCAUUUCUGCACAUGUGGGAUAUAGUGCAACAACAGACUGAGACACGGUGGACGAUCGAAAUUAGCGUGGUCGCAUUGCAAGAUUGGGGGAUGCAGGACACGGAUUUGGAAUGGAUGCCCGAGGAUCGGAUGGGGAUCAAUUUUGUAAUUACGCGAGAGUCGUGA